GCGCUCGGGUCGGAGGAGUCCUCCGUCGAAGGGCUCGGAGGGCUCGCGGGGCGAGACCACGCCCCGCACGCGGGCGGAUUCACGGGCACACUAGCCAGCCCGCGGCAAACCAGCAGGCGGACCCGCACGUUAGGCCCCAUAAUUGAGGCCGCCCGCGCGACGCGGGAAGUCGCAUGGGGGGGGCGCUGGCUGGGCAACGUGGACCCGCCCGACCUCAUCUGCUGCUGUGCCAAGUUUGGUGCCGGGUGGCGAGGCGGAAGGCGGGCAACGGCAGCCCUCUUUGGCAGGUCGUUUUUCAGACGGGCCACGGCCCGCCUUAAGUACCGAGAUAUUCCGUACUUCGGAGAUAUAUCACGGCCGGGUCUGUGAACGUGCGCUGGGUGUCUUCAAACUUUGGGUUCCACGCAUUUUCGCGUCGUUGCGGCCGUCGACGCGUAUAAUACGGCACAAAACGGGGAGCCCUUCGCUCGUAUCGCAGCCGCACGAUCUUCGGAGCAGUGUGGGACCGAGACAUGAUGUCCGCGCUCGAGCAUGCCGGAGCUGUGGAGCUGUCGAUGCGAUCCUGGUGAUUUAUCAGCGGUCGAAGACGGUGCGCCGUCGACCGUCUUGAGGGCCCGCGUUCUCGGCGCCAUCAAGUUGUUGUGUCCUCCUGCUUUGGCACGGCCAUCGGCGCUAUGAGACGCGGCUCCGGGCGCCUCGGCGGCGCCGAGGGGCCCCAUUGCGCCUCGGUGGGCCCAUUUCUCUGCCCAUUUCUAUGGGUCGUGAAGCAAAGGGGGGCUGUAGCUCGGUAGGGGGGCGUCGUAUAACCCUUUCCUUCGGUAUUCGAUAGGUUUAUGUACCCAUUGGCCCAGACCGACCCGCUUUGCGCUGACCUGGGGAAGCUUUGUUCCCAAUUUACAGCCUAGAAUUUUACCCACCGAGGCGCAAUGGGCCCACCGAGGCGCAAUGGGGCCCCUCGGCGCCGCCGAGGCGCCCGGAGCCGCGUCUCAUAGCGCCGAUGGCCGUGCCAAAGCAGGAGGACACAACAACUUGAUGGCGCCGAGAACGCGGGCCCUCAAGACGGUCGACGGCGCACCGUCUUCGACCGCUGAUAAAUCACCAGGAUCGCAUCGACAGCUCCACAGCUCCGGCAUGCUCGAGCGCGGACAUCAUGUCUCGGUCCCACACUGCUCCGAAGAUCGUGCGGCUGCGAUACGAGCGAAGGGCUCCCCGUUUUGUGCCGGUCGACGGCCGCGCCGACGCGAAAGUUCAUAGAACCCAAAGUUUGAAGACACCCAGCGCACGUUCACGUACCCGGCCAUGAUAUAUCUCCGAAGUAAGUACUUUCUCGCCACUUUCGGCCGACCGUGGCCCGUCUGUGAAAAAGUGGGCUGCCGUUGCCCGCCUUCCGCCGCGCUGCCCGGCACCAAACUCGGUACGGCGGUAGAUGGGGUCGGCGAGGUCGCGUCAACCCGGUUUCACGCCCCCCACGCCGGUUCCCGCCUCGUGCGAAGGCCCUAAAGUCCCGCAGGCUGGUUUGAUGAGAGGCUCUAGGAAACCGUCUAGUGUGCCGCGGGCCCGUGAUCCGCGCCGCGGGGCAGCCUCACCCGCGGGGCAGCCUUCGACGCGUCGAGGAGGGACCACGAGGGACACCGCUCCCGGCCGCACGCGAGCCGUGGGCCGCGGGGCGCCGUAGGAGGAGGCCCUGGAGGCACUCUGGAGGCAGCAUGAGCAGCCCCGCGCGGCCACAGCCGCCUAAAACCCAACCAGGCAAGCCCAAGAACUCGACGGACGCCUUCGCCCGGAGGCUUAGUAAUUGGCGCCGCGAGCGGGCCAAGCUCGACCUCGACCUCGAGCAGGCGCCGCUCGAGAGCCGCUUCUCACCCCAGCUCGCCGAUUUGAUGGCCAGGGAAGAAGCCAUCGUCGGCGAGGGCUGCGUCGACACGCCGGCGCGCAAGGCCGCGGCCGAGGAUCUCUAUAAAAGGGUCGACGAUUUGCUCAAGCUCGAAACGCGGCGGUACUUCGAGAGCGCGACGGCGCACGCUCAUAGGCGGUGGUCCCAGUUGUUUCAGAAGCAGGCGAGGGAAGCCACUAAAGUAAGGGAGGAUUUGGAGCGGAAAACUAGGGCGUUACUCUUGAAGGCGGGGCGCGAGGACUUGCCGGUGAAGGCCGAAAAUGAUUUUGAGGCUCAAGAACGAUUGAUGCGGCGGAAGACCGCCGAGGCUUGGAGAGAGAGUGCGAGAUUCGACCUGCGGGAGGCCUUCGCCUUGCAGCUCGCGCGGGUCGACGUCGAGUGGGAGGCGUACGAACAUAGACUGAGGUUGGAUGUCGACGAGAAGCUCGCUGAGCUCGGGUCGAGGGCGCCGCCCUCUCCUAAUGUGGAUUCGCCCACGCAACGAUGGAAAUCUAAAGAAAAACAGGAGCUCUUGGUCCACACGGCGCCAGUAUUAUCACCCGGCCAGACUCCAAAAUUGCUGUCGCCCGGUAACAGACAUGAUAGUACAAAAGUCCUGUCGCCCGACCGCAUGAACGCGCGCCAGGAGGUCGAAAAUGCCUUCCACGACGCCAUGGCGCGCGUCGCGUUCCAGAAGGAAACGGCUAGGCGGUGGAUCCGGCGGCAGGCCGGGCGCAUGACGUCACAAGUUGAUUGUAGCGAGCCGGUGCGGCGGUUCCUCGCGACGCGGUUAUACGCGGCGGAGGAGGCCGAGGACAUUACGAGGUUACGGUGCGAGGCCUACGACGACGUGUCGCGCGAGUGCGCGCUCAAUACGGCGGAGUCGCGCGAGGCGGUGCUGAGUCGCGAGACAAUCAACGCGCCGGCACGACCGGCAGGGAAAGGG